AACACAACGCCACCAAACACCAAAGCUUUAAACCAUUAAACAAUUCUAGGAAUAACUAGGAAGUGCCGGAAGCUGUUGCUAUUGUUCUGUUUACCAGUUUCAGUUUAUUUUUUGAGAGUGUUUCUUAAAUAAUUAAUUAAUUAACAUCAUAUUCAGAAUUUUGUUUUUAUCUCUUGUUUCUGUUUGUUACGUGCCUAACCAUAAAACCGAACAUGGGUACAAGAAACAUCAUACCAAAACCGGAAGAAUUGUAUUUAUAUAACUACACGUUGCAAUGCUACGUACCAAUUCCCAGUGACACCUUCAUAAUAUCCAAAUAUAGUUCUUGGGACUUACAAGUGUGUUGCCAAUGUCGAGUCAAACGGGUCGUUCGUUACGAAGUCAGAAGAGGUUCAGUCGUUCACUAUUUGUGUUUCGAAAACUGUUUGGAGAACUUUAAACGGACAAAUCCCAAAUAUCAUUUGAAUUGGCGACAAACCAUUCCUGUCGUAAAUCCAUCCGCAACCAAAGUUGGCUCUAUCAAACGUUGCUGUAGCGUCUGUAACUGCAUCAUAGAUCAAAAUUACAACAUAACUUGGCACAUGAAGGAGUUCUGUAACGAGUUGUGUUUGCUUGAGUUUCAAUGCCAAUUUGGCGCGUUUUGCUUCGCAUGUGGCACAAUAGUAACUUUUGAAGCUCUUGGGACAUAUUGUGUGUCAUUUGGCGAGGAUCUACGACAAUUCUGUGGCCCCGUUUGUUUGAACAAGUUUCAGAAAACGUUCCGAAAAUGUGCUUAUUGCCUGCAGAAUUGCCCCCGAAAAACGGAUUACGAUGCAGCGAGUGGUGAUUUUUUCUGCAGUCAGCAAUGCCAGGACAGAUAUGUGGCCCUUACGAAGAACAACCGCAUUCAAAAAUGCAAGAUUUGUGCCAAACUGUCUGAUUCUUGUAUCAAAUUUGAAUCUUCGGAUUUUGAAAUGAGCUACUUUUGUGACCAACUGUGUUUGACGUAUUUUUGUCGCCAAUUUGGGACUGAUGCAAGGCCUUGUGGUUAUUGUGGCAAAUAUCUUCCUCUCAAGUGUAUGAAGAAACUUACGAUUUUCGUUUAUCCAGGAUUUCAAUUAUUUUGUUCAAAUGUUUGUAGCAAGUUGUUUAUAGACCAGCAGAAAUCCCAAGUCCCUUGUGACUGUUGUUCACUGUUCAAAAAGAUGUUUGACAUUAUAAGGGUAUACAAAGGGAAUGGUAAAUUUGGGGUUUAUUGUAGCUUGGGGUGUUUAGAUUUUGGUCAAAAUUUAGUUUUUGGUAGCUGUGACCAAUGCCACGUAGGUACGAUUCAAAAAUUUAGUUUUCCUAUGGCAGACUUUAGUAUUGCCAACUUUUGCACUUUACAAUGUUUGGUUGAAUUCAAAUGUACAACAAGUAACCAAAUUGUGCUCCAUUAUUUGCAAAAAACCUUGAAUUUAAACAAUAAUUUAGAUGAACUAACUAGUGUAAAGAAAAGGCUUCAAGAACUUAAAAAUCGUGCCGGAAGGAAACAAAGUGAUGCAAGCAUUAAAAAUCAUGUGAAGGAGCCACCUAGCAAAUCGAAGGAAAUUAACCGUGAUAAAAUCGAAACUAAAACUGCGUCUAAUAGUGAUAAUUUAAAGCCUGAGGAAGUUCGCUCCAAGCCCUCAUUCGAGUGUUACCUUUCAGAAUCCGAAUUUGCCAUCAAACUGUUUAACUACUGGUUAGUUACUGAAAUUAAAAGCGAUAAAAUGGCGAUUGAAAUGAACUCGAAACAGUUAUGCGAUGCUUUGGCUCAAUUUGUGAGAGAAACUGAAAGACCGGAUGGAAAUAAAUUCGCUGCUGAUACGAUGUAUUCCCUAUGUUUAGGAAUCCAGAGAUAUUUAUUAAACAACGGUAGCGAUGAGAAUAUUUUUUACGACCCACGUUUUCAAAAAUUUCAAAAGUGUUUCGAAAAGAUUGUAACUAUUGAAAUUCCUCACUGUUUGGUGGGAACCAAAAUUCAAGAGGAUUUAUUAUGGGAGACGAAACAAUUCGGCGACCACAACCCUGAUGUUUUAGUCCACACUUUGAUCUAUCUCUUCACCAAACAUUUGAAAUUAUCGACAGUUGACCAACACAUGGGACUUUCCUUCCGACAAAUAAGUAGCCAGUUUUCAAACCAGAAGAAAAACAGCCGUGGUACUGUGAUGAUCACAUAUUGUGUUCAAAACGGUUGUAAGAAGCAGAAUCAGACUUUUAUUUUACAGCGAGAUGUAACAAAUCCAACGAGAUGUCUGAUGCGUUUGUGCCAAUUCUACUUGAAUCGAUGCCCUUCUCGUAAAAAAUUGAACGAUCAGUGUUUCUACUUGGAAAGCCAGGGAAUGGGAAAUAGAGUUUGGUUUAACACAAGGUCUUUGUCGUACGCAAGGAUUGAGAAAUGUCUCAAUCUCAUGAAAACUAUUAAAGAAUUGAGUGAUGUCUUUGCUUAAUUUAAAGCAGCAAUAAAGACUUAUCUUCAA